AUGUCGGCGACAGAGCAAAUGGCUCAGUUAUUAAAUGAAUUAAUGGGACCAAAACGGAAUGCGGACUUCGGCGAUGCAAAUGAGCCGGAUUUCGAUGAGCCCGACGUUUGCAAACAUUUCCUUGUUUCAUUUUGCCCGAACGAAAUGUUUCGUAAUACAAAAGCUGACUUGGGACCGUGCCCAAAGAUUCAUGAUCCAUCUCUGCGUUUGAAAUAUCGCGCAAGUAGUCGCUUUGAAAAACUUGGUUAUGAAGAAGAAUUUCUAAAUAAAAUUCGAAGAUUAGAUGAUGAAGUGAAACGGAAGAUCGAAAAAAAUGAACGACGGCUGGCUGUUACUCAGCCAAUUCCUAAUCGUACCUUUUUUUUCGAAUUUUUCAUAAAAUUUUUUACAGCGAUAAGUUUGUCUAAUAGAUUAAAUUUUACGUUUAAGGCGGAAACAUUGGGGGCGUUAGGUAAAGUGGACGAAGCAAAAGAAGCCGUUCGUCAAGCCGAUAAAUUCAAACAGGAGCGAGCAGCACUUGAUCGAUUAUUAACGCAGUCAACUAAUCCAUCUAAUCAUAUUGAAAAUCUUGCAAACCAGUUAUCAAAACCGAUGGAAGUUUGUCAGGUAUGUGGUUGUUUUAUGUUGGUCAAUGACGUUCAGCAAAGAAUUGAUGACCAUUAUGCUGGAAAACAGCAUAUGGCUUACGCUAAAAUUCGAGCUACUAUUGAAGAAAUGGAUCGUAAGAGAGAAGAAAAGCGGAAGGUUAUUCAAAAAUUGUUUUUUUUUUUGAGUGGGCCAUUUUUGGUAAGCAGAACUGGCGAACGUUUGGAACGUGAGAACAGACAUGAGAAAGAUAGGAGAGAAAAAAAAGAGAAGGAAGAUCGUGGAUUGAGGGAUGAAAGAGAUGAGCGAGAUAAAAAAGACCGUGAUCGAAGAAAGGACGACCGAGAUAAGGGGUAA